CCCAAGCAGACUGUCUUUCACCCUCUCCCCAUUCCCCUCUUAGAAAAUGUUGAGGAGAAAAGGGGAUGUGAUUCAGACCAGGCACAGCAAAGUGAUGGGCAUUAGAGCUGCUGCCUUCAGCUGCGUGCAUUGGGCUGGGAGCAGUGUGACGCAGGAGCUGUGUGCACAGCAGUGCUGUGAGCUGAUUGGGGGAUCCAUGCUUGCAACCUGCAGCUGUGAACUUGGCAUUUAAGUUGUACCUUUUAAAAAAUAAACUCUCAGAGCUUCCAGUUUUAUCACCUGGGCACCACAAACCUGCCUUCUGCUGGGAAAGGGUGCUCUGCCUGCAUCACUCUGCAAUACUAGGGGAGAAAUACGUUUUUCAGAAUGCAGCAGAUCCUUUGUUCCAAGUGAAAUGUUGCCAUUCAUUGUGCUUGUAAUAAAUUGGUGUAUAAUCAUCCCUACUAUCUUUUAUUUGUGGAUGCCAGCGAGGCAAGGGAACAUCUUUUCAAUGGAUGAACGUCAGCAGCAAGUCACCCUGUCUGUUUCUUUGUCAAGACAAAGCACUGAUUGACACAGAUUUCCUCCUUCAGAAAGGAAACCCCACUUUUCUGCAAGAGUAGGAUAAACACAAGGAGAGCAUUUAUACAUGUGAUAUGCAAAUUGUCAAAAAUAGCUCCUCACUAAGAGGCUAGCAAGGUAAAAUGUUUUAUAUUUCCCUCUUGACAGAAGCAAGGAUUGAAUAUGAAAGCAUCUGGCUGACAGCCAAGCCUUUAGCUGGAGCCAGGCUUUAUUUUCAUUGUCUCUGUGCCCUGUAUCAUUUGCUUGCAGCAAGACAAAUGUCUGUGAUUAUACCAAAGCAUGGUGGGGAACAUGCAGCAUCACACCUUCAUUUACACCUUUGGCUUCCCUUGGUGCUGGAGCAGCCCAGUGCAGGGCAGCUUUCCUUGGAUCACAGCUACUGCCCAAAUUUAAGCAGUGUUUGUAGCAGCUAGCUGCAACGAGGGUCAGCUUCCAUCAUUAGGGAGAGAAAAGCCACUGCAUAGAGCAGUUCUCAGCCUGAAGCUGUGUCCCAGGUAGCUCAUGUGAAAAAGUCACUCCUUGGUCGGGCUGCUUUCUCCCAGGCUGUGUCACUGUGCUCUCACACACCUGCAGAAUGGCUCCAGGUCUUGGCAAUGGUGUAGGUUCCUUGAAAGCAAAAAAACUGACAAAAUCCUCAUUUAAAUUCCCAUUUCCUUAGCUGGAGCUCUUUGGAUCAUAUAUUUUUGUAGCGUGGACUCAUUUUUCUCCAUCGUUCAGCUAGACAGCACUUGCAUUUCAUGCAGACCUGGGUGUCUCUCCAUUCUCACGUUGCACUCAGCACAGGUAAACCCAGCUCUUAAUGCAAAGUCUGUGAAACAGGUCAGAGCUGAAAUCAUUACCACGAGAAACAGCGGAUCCAUAACACUCAUAAACGGUGAGAUUGUUUACUGCUCUCAAUCCUGUCCAAAGAACUGCCUGCUGAUGUUUGCAAGCAAGUACACUCAGCAGUGUGCCUCGGAGUGCCUGGAAAUGAUGAGGGCUGGGGGUGUUGCAUGCAUUCAAACCGCCCCUGUUUGCUUUGGACAAAAUCAUCUCAGAGGGGCAGAGGGAGCAGUGCUGUGAUCCAAGCACAGGACUAGAGUGCAGGAGCAUCUGAGCACUAAAUAUAGCAGCUGUGCUCAGUCAGCACAGCAGAUAACAUCCCACAUUGGGAUGGAGCUGUAAGUGUGAAAUUAAAUCCCCAUCUUGGCACUGGGAGAACUGGGAUCCUGUCUGUUCACUGGUUUGUGUCUCUCAGAUGUCUGGGAGAAUGAAAACAUGAAGAAACAAACAAGCAACAGAACACAGUUUGGAACUGUGAGCUGAACUCUUCCUCCUUCUCAGUGAUUUUUAUGGGUCUCUUCCACCUCGGGACAGCCCAUAAUUCUGUGAUCACGCAACACGCCUUACUGAUGCUUGCAGAAGCCUCUGAAGACAAACAGACAUCAUGAGGCUUAAAGACCUGCGUUUGUUUGUAGUUUUAAUGCAAACACCAAAGAAACAGAAGCUGUGAGGCCGCGCAGCUCCCGGCGGGGGAACGCAGAAAACGCACCUACAGAACCCAGACUCCAGGAGCUGCGAUGCUCCGCACAAAGCAGCUGCUACUCGCGUAGAGAAAGAAACCCAUCCGGGUGCAUUUACCCAGUGCAGCGCAGCGAUCACCACCUUCCGCCUAAAGCUUCGCAGCCUUAACGCGCUGCCCGGCUCGGAGGCGGAAGGUCGGCGUGCGCGGCUCCGCCCGUGCGGGGAAAGGGGCGGAGGGGCGGGCGGGGCCCGGGGCGGCUCCGGCUUCGGUGGGGCCUUUUCCGGCUGCGGGGCUCCGUGUCCCGCGUGGGUCCCGUCUGCAGGUCCGUUCGUCGCCGCACGGACGGGAGCGGUUUUGUUUCGGGUACUCCAUCCGCAGCGCUUCGUUUAGUAACGGUCUGUUCAAGGACUCAGUUUGGAAGAUGAUAGGAGGUGGCUGAAGUCGUACCAUGAAGCCUUUUGCUGUGGUCUGACUGUACAGAUCCCAGAACCUAUUCCAGUUGCAGAUACAGCAUGUGCUUCUCAAGUAAAUGGGCACACUGGGAGCCUACAGACUUACUCAGGGGACCUCUUGCAGUACCUGUAGAAGAAAAGACCAGGAGAUGCUUUUUGUGGCAGUAGCUGUGCUACACCUCUAUCCAGCUGAGUCUUGGAAUUUCCUCUUUGGACAAACUUCUGUGACGGAAGGAGUUCCCACAGCGGCGACUACCUGAUGAAGCAAAGGAUUCCUGAUAGUUACCAGCAGAGCCUCGGUGAUCCUUGCCCACGUGGGACACUGCAGAGAGCUGGGAACAAGGCCUGCUGCCAAACUUGUGCUUGAAACCCUACACAGGAAGAGCCAUUUGUCAGAUGUCACCCCAACAGGGGCUGCUGAAUUCGAGUGUGCUUCUGGAGGAAAAAAUAACAGUUUGGUUUUGUGUUUCAUUAGAUAUUUACCAGGAAGGAAAGAAAGUUAAAAGUAGAGUGACAGUGACUUCAAAGAGGGUGUCGGACUUGUAAGAAUAACACUUUUGCUGGUGCUGGUUUUAGGAGUAUCAGCUGUGCCUGUGUUUGAAGGAUGGAGCAGGUGUUUCGGCCAGGUCAGUAGCUGAGGUUGUGGAUGCUGCCAGGCCCCGGUGGAGCAUUUUGGAGUGAACAUCACCCUGUUAGCACCAUGGGAACUCCAGCCCCAUGGUCUGUGCUGCUGCUUGCCGUGCUGAUGGGGCUCUGUGCUCUCCCAGUGGCACAGGGGAAGCCAAACUUCAUCGUUAUCCUGGCAGACGAUCUGGGCUGGGGGGACCUGGGGGCCAACUGGGCCGAGACGAAGGAGACCCCACAUUUGGAUGAGUUGGCUGCUGAAGGGACAAGGUUUGUGGAUUUCCACUCGGCUGCCUCCACCUGCUCACCAUCCCGUGCCUCUCUGCUCACAGGGCGCCUCGGUGUGCGCAAUGGGGUGACCCACAACUUUGCCAUCAGCUCGCUGGGCGGCCUGCCCCUCAAUGAGACCACGCUGGCUGAGGUGCUGCGGGCAGCAGGGUACAGCACAGCAGCUAUAGGCAAAUGGCACCUGGGGCACCACGGCCAUCACCACCCCAUCUUUCGUGGGUUCGACUAUUAUUUUGGGAUCCCCUACAGCCAUGACAUGGGCUGCACAGACACCCCUGGCUACAACGUGCCACCCUGCCCACCCUGCCCACAGCACAGCGCAGCCACCAGCCCCACCAACAAGGACUGCUACACGGAUGUAGCCCUUCCUCUCUUUGAGAACCUCACCAUCAUCCAGCAGCCCGUCAACCUCAGCAGCCUGGUGGAGCGGUACGUGGAGGCGGCAGCGCGCUUCAUCCAGCAGGCAAGGGACAGCAGCCGUCCCUUCUUCCUCUAUCUGGCACUGGCCCACAUGCACGUGCCACUGCAGAUCGCCCCACCACGGGACAGGGGCAUCUAUGGGGCUGCCCUACGUGAGAUGGAUGCCCUGGUGGGAUGUGUCAAGCGCCUGGCCGACAGCUGUGGGAAGGGCAGCACACUGCUGUGGUUCACAGGUGACAACGGCCCUUGGAUGCAGAAGUGUGAGCUGGCGGGACGCCUGGGGCCACUGCUGGGGGCCUGGCAGAGGGCACGAGGAGGCAGCCCUGCCAAGCAGACCACCUGGGAAGGAGGGCACCGGGUGCCAGCACUGGUGUACUGGCCUGGCCACGUCCCUGCCGAGCGGAGCAGCCGCGCCAUGCUGAGCACCCUGGACAUCUUUCCCACGCUGGUGGCCCUGGCUGGAGCCACGCUUCCCCCAAACAGGCGCUUUGAUGGCAUGGACGUGUCCCCGGUUCUCUUCGGGCUGUCAGACGUGGGACACAAGAUUCUGCUUCACCCCAACAGCGGGGCAGUGGGGAAGGACGGGGCGGUCGAGGCGCUGCGGCUGGCUCAGUACAAGGUGUUCUACACCACAGGAGGGGCGAAGGCUUGUGAUGGAAGCAUUGGGCUAGAAGAGCAUCACUGGCCACCGCUCAUUUUCAACUUGGAUCGUGAUAUCCAGGAGCAGGAGCCUUUGGACGUGGCAUCCAGGGAGUAUCAGGCAGUGCUGCCUGCAAUCAGCAGGGCUUAUGCCCAGGCCCUGGAGGAUAUUGCAACAGACAACAUCACGGUUGCAGACUACUCCAAGGACCCAGCAGCAGUGCCCUGCUGCAGCACACAGCACGUGGCCUGCCGGUGCCACACACCCACAUCUCACACAGCCUCGCUGGACCAGCACACGGACAGAAGAGCAACACGGCUUUGUCUGUAAGCAAAUCAUUGCUCAAGUUGCUUCUUUUCCAAUCCUGGUUUCUGUGAAUGGGACUGCUGUUUGUGCUGGCUGCAGGCUUGAGGUUGGCCCAAGAGGGCAGGGAUGGAGGCUGCAGCUCCCCGUGCUCUGUGCCUUGCACAGAGCCUUUCCUCAGCUGUGUCUGAGGGAGCAGACAGAGGGUCCCCUUUGCUGCAGCUCAUGCAGAGCAGCACUGUCUGCUGGCUGGAGCAGUCACUGCAGCACCUGGUAGCUCUGGGCUUUUUGUAGGGCUACAUGUCCCUGACAUCUUGUUAGAUGGGAUGCUUGGUGUGUCCUGCAGCUGCUGUGCAUUGCAUAGCAGAGGUCAGAAAUUGUCUUGGAGGAGUGUCUGAGUCCUGAUAUUUUGAAAGGCUUUGUGUAAACAAGUGUGCAAUGCAGAACUGGGGGAACUACUCCCUGUCAACUCUGUAUCUGCGUCUUUUAGGGAGCUCAGGGAGAGGGUCCCAAGGUCUCCAGGCAGCCCAGCACUGCAGGCAGACUCAGCUUCUGCCAACCCUGAUGCGAUGAUGCAGGGCUGGGUGAGGCUCUUGUGGGACAUUUGUGGGCACAUGCAAAAGCCUGAGGAGCUGCAGAGGCAAAACUGAAGUUGCAGCUGAAACUCAGAAACCACCAGGAUUUCCCAGCAGCUGAGUGAGGGUUUUCUGAAACACAUUUGGACUCCAAAUUACGCACCCAGGUCUUUCUUUGGACAAGCCGUAAGUGGCUUGUUUCAAGCAAAGCAAGGUGUUACAUGAGCCACAGCAAACUGGGAGUUGUAAUUACGGGCAGUGCUGCUGAAAUUAGAGGGGCUGCCCAACCGUUUGCAAUUAGCACUGGCCCACAGCCUCCC